AAUAGAGUGCACUUUGGCCUACUCUUCCACACUGGCCCGACGUCUCGUAAGAGGUGGCAGUGCCCAUACUUUACCCCACCCACACGCGACCUGACAACAGACUGACUGCGGCGUACCCAUUUCUACUGCUGGCUCGAAAAAGGCGAAAGGGACGGGGAGGGGUUAAGAAACGUUUCCUGUUGUUAACUUGGGAUUUAAUGGAAAUGUCACCCUCUGCACUGCAAGUCCACGGUGUUACUAACCACUGCAUCGCUGCAUCACCGCCGUGGUGUCAUUAAUUGUCUAUCGGCGUGAAAUGUCCCGUGGCGUUGACGGCAGCCGAUGGUGACCACGUCCCUUCUAAUCGUAGGCAAGGUUUUUUGUAUUAUUAUUUUUGACUCCGGACCACGAGGAGGAAGGAUGACAAGCGUGCGAGCUUUAGGACAUUAAACGCCAGCUAGUUCUUCUUUAUCUUUUAAAGGUAGAGUUGGGGCAUUAUUCGGCUGUGAAAUCCGUAAACAUAGGUGGGGCCGUACGCACCCAGCCGUCGCGGGUGAUUGUGCGCAUUUGAAGGUCGUGGUUGGUUCGCGAGUAGCUAAGCCACAUGUGUGUUAGCCGCCUCCCCACCACACCCCCCCCCCUCCCCUUUUUUCCCUAACGCUUAUUGCUCUCUGGUCUUGAAGAAAUCUGACUUUUUCCUGGUAGGUAGAGCACGCGGAGACCUCCGAUUUGAACGUUUGUGGAGAGAAGAUUCGACAGGAAUCAGCCACAUGGCGUGGUCAAGGAGUCUGCGUCUGUUCGCCUCCGUGUGUUUGUGUCUCAGUGCUGCGGUGGAAUGUCACCUGCGUCCCGAUGGGAGAGGAGUCUGCUCACGGAACACCACGACUAUCAUGUCUUACUUGUCGACCGGAGCCUUGACAUCCAGGAUCAUGUACAGAAUCACUCGCAUCACUGACUACCAGUGCUGCCUGGGGUGGUUUGAGAGCGGGGACGAGUGCCCAAUAUUCGGCUGCAUGAACGAGUGUCUGAACGGCGGCUCUUGCAUCAGUAACGACACCUGUGCCUGCAUGCCCGGCUACACGGGAGGCGCGUGCGAAAACGAUCUGGAUGAGUGCACGAGCGGCGAGCAUUGGUGCGAGCAAGGCUGCUCCAACACCAUCGGCUCGUUCGUGUGCACCUGUGAGCCGGGCUACUACCUGGGCGACGACCAGAGCACUUGCGUUGACAUUGACGAGUGCGUCGUCUCCAACGGGAACUGCAGCGAGAUCUGCCUGAAUUUCAUCGGCGCGUUCCAGUGCGCUUGCAGAUCCGGAUACGCCAUCGCGGAUGACGGCUACAACUGCACAGGCAUUGCCCGCGCCGUUUCGUCGCAGAAAUCGCCAGCGGCCGCACAUUUGGUUUUGUUUUACAUUUCUUUCAAAAUCAAUAUUCGAGUGAACGUACAGAUGUACAGCGCGCGCCCCAAGGGCACAAACAAAGGCAAAAAAAAAAACACGUUCAAAUAAUGUCGUCAGUGUAGAUAGAAAAUAUAAACAAGAGAUGGCGAGGAGACAAGUGGGUG